UUUUUUUCUGUGUUGGGGGGGAAUUUUGACAGCUCUUUUGAUGCAGAGAAGGGUGUUGGGACAAUCGUCAUCGCAAAACCUUUGGAUGCAGAGCAGAGAUCCUUCUAUAACAUGAGUGUGGAAGUCACCGAUGGGACAAAUAUUGCUGUCACUCAGGUAUUUAUCACAGUGCUGGAUAAUAACGAUAACGGUCCAGAGUUCUCUCAGCCCAAUUACGAUGUGACAAUUUCCGAGGAUGUGCUUCCUGAUACAGAGAUUCUGCAGAUUGAAGCAACAGACCGAGACGAGAAGCACAAGCUGAGCUACACUGUGCACAGCAGCAUCGACUCCAUCAGCACGAGGAAAUUCCGGAUUGACCCCAGCACGGGCGUGCUCUACACUGCAGAGAGACUGGACCAUGAGGCCCAGGACAAGCACAUUCUCAACAUAAUGGUCAGAGAUCAGGAGUUUCCUUAUCGAAGAAACUUGGCCCGGGUGAUUGUGAACGUGGAAGAUGCUAAUGACCACAGUCCUUACUUCACCAACCCGCUGUAUGAAGCGUCUGUGUUUGAAUCUGCUGCUCUGGGAUCAGCCAUUCUGCAAGUGACAGCUCUGGACAAAGACAAAGGGGACAAUGCAGAACUCAUAUACACCAUAGAAUCAGGGAACACUGGGAACACAUUUAAGAUUGAACCAGUCCUGGGCAUCAUCACUGUCUCCAAAGAGCCAGAUAUGACAAUGAUGGGUCAGUUUGUCCUGUCAGUCAAAGUCACAGAUCAAGGCUCUCCACCGAUGUCUGCCACUGCAAUUGUGCGUAUUUCUGUCACCAUGUCUGAUAAUUCUCACCCUAAGUUCACUCACAAAGACUACCAAGCUGAAGUAAGUGAAAACAUUGAUAUCGGAACAUCGAUCAUUCUCAUCUCUGCCAUCAGUCAAUCUACCCUUAUUUAUGAAGUCAAAGAUGGAAACACUGAUGGGAUCUUUACCAUAAAUCCAUAUUCUGGAGUUGUCACCAAUCGAAGGGCUCUGGAUUAUGAACGUACUUCCUCUUACCAACUCAUUAUUCAGGCCACUAACAUGGCAGGAAUGGCCUCCAAUGCCACAGUCAACAUUCAGAUUGUUGAUGAAAAUGACAACGCUCCAAUUUUUCUCUUCUCUCAAUACUCAGGCAGCCUGAGCGAGGCUGCUCCAGUGAACAGCAUUGUCAGGAACUUGGAUAACAGCCCACUGGUGAUUCGAGCCACUGAUGCUGACAGCAACCAGAAUGCCCUGCUUGUGUAUCAGAUUGUGGAGUCUACAGCCAAGAAGUUCUUCACAGUGGACUCCAGUACAGGUGCAAUCAGAACAAUUGCCAACCUGGACCAUGAGACCAUUGCUCAUUUCCAUUUUCAUGUGCAUGUGAGAGACAGUGGCAGCCCCCAGCUGACAGCAGAGAGUCCUGUCGAAGUCAAUAUUGAGGUGACAGAUGUGAAUGAUAACCCACCUGUGUUCACUCAGGCUGUGUUUGAGACUGUCUUACUUCUCCCUACCUUUGUUGGAGUGGAGGUUCUGAAAGUUAGUGCCACAGAUCCUGACUCUGAGGUGCCCCCUGAACUGACAUACAGCCUCAUGGAAGGUAGCUUGGAUCAUUUUUUAAUUGAUUCAAAUAGUGGAGUAGUCACCAUAAAAAACAAUAACCUCUCCAAAGAUCACUACAUGCUGAUAGUUAAAGUGUCUGAUGGAAAGUUCUACAGUACGUCUGUGGUCACCAUUAUGGUUAAGGAAGCCAUGGACAGUGGCCUCCACUUUACACAAAGCGUUUAUUCCACCUCGAUCUCAGAGAAUAACACUAACAUAACCAAAGUUGCUAUUGUCAAUGCAGUGGGAAACCGCCUUAAUGAGCCCUUAAAAUAUAGCAUCUUAAACCCAGGAAAUAAAUUCAAGAUAAAAUCUACCUCAGGAGUCAUUCAGACUACUGGAGUCCCCUUUGACCGCGAAGAACAAGAACUGUAUGAGUUGGUGGUGGAAGCCAGCCGUGAGCUAGACCAUCUGCGUGUGGCGAGGGUGGUAGUCAAGGUUAACAUUGAAGAUAUAAAUGACAACUCUCCAGUCUUUGUGGGCCUCCCUUACUAUGCUGCUGUGCAGGUUGAUGCUGAGCCUGGAACUAUGAUAUACCAGGUGACAGCCAUUGACAAAGAUAAAGGCACAAAUGGAGAAGUGACCUAUUUCCUACAGGAUGACUAUGGUCACUUUGAAAUUAACCCUAAUUCAGGGAAUGUUAUUUUAAAGGAAGCUUUCAACUCUGAUUUGUCCAACAUUGAGUACGGAGUUACCAUCCUAGCCAAAGAUGGUGGAAACCCUUCUUUGUCCACAUCUGUGGAACUUCCCAUCACUAUUGUCAACAAAGCAAUGCCUGUGUUUGAUAAGCCCUUUUAUACAGCAGCCAUCAAUGAAGACAUCAGAAUGGACACCCCCAUUCUAAGCAUCAAUGCCACCAGUCCAGAAGGUCAAGGCAUCAUAUAUAUCAUUAUUGAUGGGGAUCCUUUUAAACAAUUUAACAUUGACUUUGACACUGGGAUCCUGAAAGUUGUUAGUACUUUGGAUUAUGAAGUUACAUCUGUUUACAAGUUGACAAUAAGAGCCAGUGAUGCCCUUACUGGUGCCAGGGCUGAAGUCACUGUGGACCUGCUGGUUAAUGAUGUAAAUGACAACCCUCCUAUUUUCAACCAGCCCACAUACAAUACAACAUUAUCAGAAGCAUCUCUCAUUGGGACACCUGUUUUGCAAGUUGUCUCUACUGAUGCAGACUCAGAAAACAAUAAAAUGGUACAUUAUCAGAUUGUUCAGGAUACCUACAACAGCACAGAUUAUUUCCACAUAGAUAGCUCAAGUGGCUUAAUCCUGACAGCAAGGAUGCUGGACCAUGAGUUGGUGCAACACUGCACUUUGAAAGUCAGAGCAACAGAUAACGGCUUUCCGUCACUCAGCAGUGAGGUUCUGGUUCAUAUCUACAUCUCCGAUGUAAAUGACAAUCCUCCAGUUUUUAAUCAACUCAUUUAUGAGUCAUAUGUGAGUGAAUUAGCCCCCCGGGGCCAUUUUGUAACCUGUGUACAAGCCUCAGAUGCAGACAGCUCUGACUUUGACCGGUUGGAAUAUAGCAUUUUAUCUGGGAAUGAUCGGACAAACUUUCUGAUGGACAGCAAGAGUGGAGUCAUCACACUGUCCAACCACCGAAAGCAGAGGAUGGAGCCUCUGUAUAGUCUCAAUGUGUCUGUUUCUGAUGGGUUGUUCACCAGCACUGCCCAGGUGCAUAUCAGAGUACUUGGGGCUAACUUGUACAGUCCUGCCUUUUCACAAAGCACAUACGUAGCUGAGGUGAGAGAGAAUGCAGCUGCUGGGACAAAGGUAAUUCACAUUCGAGCUACAGAUGGGGACCCAGGGACAUAUGGGCAGAUCAGCUAUGCCAUCAUAAAUGACUUUGCCAAAGACCGAUUUCUUAUAGACAGCAAUGGACAGGUCAUGACAACAGAAAGGCUAGACCGGGAAAACCCUCUGGAAGGAGAUGUUAGUAUUUUUUUGAGGGCUCUCGAUGGCGGAGGGAGAACAACUUUUUGCACUGUGAGAGUGAUUGUUGUAGAUGAAAAUGACAAUGCUCCCCAGUUCAUGACUGUGGAAUAUAGAGCCAGUGUCCGGGCAGAUGUUGGGAGAGGCCACUUAGUCACUCAAGUUCAAGCCAUAGAUCCAGAUGAUGGAGCAAAUUCAAGGAUUACUUACUCCCUCUAUAGUGAGGCCUCAGUCUCAGUGGCUGACCUGCUAGAAAUUGAUCCUGACAAUGGCUGGAUGGUUACAAAGGGCAAUUUUAACCAGCUGAAAAAUACAGUGCUGUCAUUCUUUGUCAAAGCAGUAGAUGGGGGUAUUCCAGUAAAGCACUCCCUCAUUCCUGUCUAUAUCCACGUACUGCCCCCUGAAACAUUCUUGCCUUCAUUCACCCAGCCUCAGUAUUCCUUUACCAUCGCAGAAGAUACAGCCAUUGGAAGCACAGUGGACACUCUGAGGAUUUUGCCCAGUCAGAAUGUCCGAUUCAGCACAGUUAAUGGAGAACGGAUCGAAAAUAACAAAGGGGAUGUCUUCAUCAUAGAACAGGAAACAGGUACUAUCAAGCUUGAUAAACGUCUUGACCAUGAAGUUAGCCCAGCUUUUCACUUUAAAGUAGCAGCUACUAUACCUCUGGACAAAGUGGACAUUGUUUUUACUGUGGAUAUAGAUAUCAAGGUAUUGGAUUUGAAUGACAACAAGCCAGUCUUUGAAACAUCAAGCUAUGACACCAUCAUAAUGGAAGGGAUGCCUGUCGGCACCAAGCUCACACAGGUGAGAGCCAUUGAUAUGGAUUGGGGAGCCAAUGGGCAAGUCACUUACUCCCUCCAUUCAGAUUCCCAUCCUGAAAAGGUAAUGGAAGCAUUCAAUAUUGACAGCAACACAGGUUGGAUCAGUACCUUGAAGGACCUGGAUCAUGAGACAGAUCCUGCAUUCUCCUUCUCCGUGGUGGCCUCUGACCUUGGAGAGGCAUUCUCUCUUUCUUCCUCGGCUCUGGUGUCUGUCAGGGUAACAGAUAUAAAUGACAACGCACCAGUCUUUGUCAGCGAGGUGUACCGAGGGAACGUGAAGGAAAGCGACCCACCUGGUGAGGUAGUAGCCGUCCUCAGCACCUGGGACAGAGACACAUCUGACAUUAAUCGCCAAGUGAGCUACCAUAUUACAGGAGGAAACCCCCGAGGAAGGUUUGCCCUGGGCCUGGUGCAGAGUGAGUGGAAGGUAUAUGUGAAGAGACCUCUUGAUAGAGAAGAACAAGACAUUUACUUCCUCAAUAUCACUGCCACUGAUGGGCUUUUUGUCACACAGGCCAUGGUGGAAGUGACCGUCAGUGAUGUAAAUGACAAUAGCCCAGUAUGUGAUCAGGUUGCGUAUGCAGCAUUAUUUCCUGAAGACAUUCCAUCAAAUAAAAUCAUCCUGAAGGUCAGUGCCAAGGAUGCUGAUAUUGGAUCCAAUGGAGACAUACAAUACUCACUCCACGGAUCUGGAAACAGUGAAUUUUUUUUAGAUCCCGAAAGUGGUGAGUUAAAAACCUUGGCUUUGUUGGACCGGGAGAGGGUCCCAGUGUACAACCUGAUUGCCAGGGCCACUGAUGGGGGUGGCCGGUUCUGCCAGUCUGAUGUGCACCUGAUCCUGGAAGAUGUGAAUGAUAGCCCUCCUGUGUUUUCUUCUGACCACUACAAUGCUUGUGUCUAUGAGAACACGGCCACUAAGGCACUGUUGACCAGAGUGCAAGCAGUGGACCCUGAUGUUGGGAUCAACAGGAAGGUUAUGUACUCCCUGGCAGAUUCGGCAGAUGGGUUCUUCUCCAUUGACAGCUCCUCUGGCAUCAUCAUCUUGGAGCAGUCACUGGACCGAGAGCAGCAGUCUUCCUACAACAUCAGUGUGCAAGCAACAGACCAGAGCCCUGGGCAGUCCCUGUCCUCGUUCACCACUGUCACCAUAACUGUCCUGGACAUUAAUGACAACCCCCCUGUGUUUGAGAGGAGGGACUACCUGGUGACUGUGCCUGAAGAUACCUCACCUGGCACCCAAGUCCUUGCUGUUUUUGCCACCAGCAAAGACAUUGGCACAAAUGCAGAGAUUACAUAUCUUAUCCGGUCUGGGAAUGAACAGGGAAAAUUUAGGAUCAACCCAAAGACAGGAGGUAUUUCUGUCUCUGAAGUCCUGGACUAUGAAUUAUGCAAAAGAUUUUACCUGGUGGUGGAGGCUAAAGAUGGGGGCACCCCAGCCCUCAGCGCUGCAGCUACUGUCAGCAUCAACCUCACAGACGUGAAUGACAAUCCUCCCAAGUUCAGCCAAGAUGUCUACAGCACUGUCAUCAGUGAAGAUGCCUUGGUGGGGGACUCUGUCAUUUUGCUAAUAGCUGACGAUGCAGACAGCCAGCCCAAUGGACAGAUUCGUUUUUCCAUUGUGAGUGGAGAUCGGGACAAUGAAUUUGCUGUGGAUCCUGUCUUGGGACUUGUGAAGGUUAAGAAGAAAUUGGAUCGGGAACGGGUAUCUGGGUACUCCCUGCUUGUCCAGGCAGUAGACAGUGGCAUUCCUGCAAUGUCAGCAACUGCAACUGUCAACAUUGAUAUUUCUGAUGUGAAUGACAACAGCCCAGUGUUUACACCUGCCAACUACACUGCUGUGAUUCAGGUAAGUGAAUCCAGUGGCACAAGCAUCCUGCAGCUGGUGGUGACAGACAGAGACUCCUUUCACAAUGGGCCUCCCUUCUCAUUCUCUAUUUUGUCGGGAAAUGAAGACCAGGAGUUUGUGUUGGAUCCUCAUGGGGUCCUUCGGUCAGCAGUGGUCUUCCAGCACACAGAGUCUCCAGAAUAUGUGCUGUGUGUUCAGGCGAAGGACUCAGGCAAACCACAGCAAGCUUCUCAUUCCUACAUUCGAGUGCGGGUCAUCGAGGAAAGUAUCCACAAGCCCACAGCCAUCCCCUUGGAAAUUUUCAUUGUCACCAUGGAGGAUGACUUUCCUGGUGGGGUCAUUGGGAAAAUCCACGCCACAGAUCAAGACAUGUAUGAUGUGCUCACAUUUGCCCUGAAAUCGGAGCAGAAAAGCUUGUUCAAAGUAAACAGUCACGACGGGAAAAUCAUUGCCUUGGGAGGCCUGGACAGUGGCAAGUAUGUCCUAAAUGUGUCUGUGAGUGAUGGCCGCUUCCAGGUGCCCACUGAUGUGGUUGUACACGUGGAGCAACUGGUACGCGAGAUGCUGCAGAACACCGUCACCAUCCGCUUUGACGACGUGUCCGCUGAGGACUUUGUGGGGCUGCACAUGCAUGGGUUCCGGCGCACCCUAAGGAACGCAGUUCUCACUCAGAAGCAGGACAGCCUGCACAUCAUCAGCAUCCAGCCCGUGGCAGGCACCAACCAGCUGGACAUGCUGUUCGCAGUGGAGAUGCACAGCAGCGAGUUCUACAAGCCAGCCUACCUGAUCCAGAAGCUGUCCAGUGCCAGGCGGCACCUGGAGAACGUCAUGCGCAUCUCAGCUAUCCUGGAGAAGAACUGCUCAGGUCUGGACUGUCAGGAGCAGCACUGUGAACAGGGCUUGUCACUGGAUUCCCACGCGCUCAUGACCUAUAGCACAGCUCGCAUCAGCUUCGUGUGUCCACGUUUCUAUAGGAACGUGCGUUGCACCUGUAAUGGAGGACUAUGCCCAGGGUCUAACGAUCCCUGUUUGGAGAAGCCAUGUCCAGGGGAUAUGCAAUGUGUCGGUUAUGAAGCCAGCAGGAGACCAUUCCUCUGCCAGUGUCCACCAGGGAAGCUCGGAGAGUGCUCAGGGCACACUUCUCUCAGCUUUGCUGGAAACAGUUACAUCAAAUACCGGCUUUCAGAAAACAGCAAAGAAGAGGACCUGAAGCUAGCUCUGCGCCUGAGAACCCUGCAAAGCAAUGGGAUUGUAAUGUACACCCAAGCAAACCCCUGCAUGAUUCUGAAGAUCGUGGACGGCAAGCUGUGGUUCCAGCUGGACUGCGGCAGCGGCCCUGGCAUCUUGGGGAUCUCGGGUCGCACUGUCAACGACGGGAGCUGGCACUCGGUCUUCCUGGAGCUCAAUCGCAACUUCACCAGCCUGGCCCUGGACGACAGCUACGUGGAGCGGCGCAGGGCGCCCCUCUACUUCCAGACCCUGAGCGCCGAGAGCACCAUCUACUUCGGCGCCCUGGUGCAGGCGGACGACGUCGGCGGCCUGGCGGACACGCGGGUCACGCAGGUGCUCAGCGGCUUCCAGGGCUGCCUGGACUCGGUGGUUCUGAACAACAACGAGCUGCCGCUGCAGAACAAGCGCAGCAGCUUCGCCGAGGUCGUGGGCCUGACCGAGCUGAAGCUGGGCUGCGUGCUGUACCCCGACGCGUGCCAGCGCAGCCCCUGUCUGCACGGGGGCAGCUGCACCGGCCUGCCCUCGGGGGGUGAGUGUUCCUGGGGACUGCGCGGGACGGAGGGAGGGAAAGGAACGCACCUGCCCUGUGGGGACCCCGGAGGGUCUCAUGGCCGCAACCCACCUGGAGCCCUCCUGCUAGGAGCACUCACACUCAAGAUGCAUGCGCAGGUUUAA